GCAGUCAGUAAUCGUGCGCUGCUAUCCUUGCUUGCAGCAGAGACAGCGAGGCCCAAGCUGCUCGGUUCCAACGUCACAGCUAUGGCUUAGUGGGGCGUGAACCAUCCCACCACGGCCAGCUUUUCUCCCCCCAUUGCCCUUCUCAAGUUUCUAUCAGCUUCUCGACACACGUCGUGUCUUCGCGCCCUUCUCUUUUUCCCACACCCCUUCGUUUAGGUCCCCUAAAUUCCCCUCGUUCUGUGACGCCCGCAGCGCAAGACCUUUGCGGAGCUCCUUCCUCUGACUAUCUGGCAGUACAGCGACUCCAAGACACCAGCAGCAUAACGGAACCUGCCUAAUCCCAUCAUGGCCCCUCCUGCAGAGGAGAAGCCUCAAAGGCCUCAAUUCGAAUCAAAAGCAAGCACACAUCCCGCACUCAACCCCGAAAUUACCAAUGUGCCCGUCACACCCGGCGUGCAUCUCUCUGGUAAGACCGCUUACUUCGACGAGUCCACUACCGAGAAGACGAACAAUCUGCCCUUCGAUCCCGAGACUGCCACCCCAGGCCCAUCAUGGAGCGCCAACUCCUACUUCUCCAACAAGCAAAGAGAGGACCAGGCUGGCGCACAAACAGAGAAGGCCGCGGGCGCACAAUCUGAUGGAGAGGUCAAAAGCAAAAUGGGCGACACUCCCAACCCAGAUGCGAAGACUGAACUGGCAGAUGUAGAUCCGCGUGCUGCGCAUCCUAAUCUGAACCUCAGCGGUCGUGUUAUCAGUGCGACGUUUGCCAUACCCUAUUCUAUCGGCUACUCACAAGGUAACGACUGGGAACUGACCCCGCGACGCGGAACUUCGGCUCUGUUCGAUUCCUUCUCCUACCUAGCCUCAAGUUCCUCUCCGUGGAACCACACACUUGUGGGCUGGACUGGCGAGAUCUCCAACGCGAAGACGGCCUCUGUCGUAACCGCACAAGCACCUACGAACAAAGCUGCCGCACCCAUUCCCGUCGACCCCAAGAAGCCGACACAAACUCCUCAAGCUCCAAAUAGCUUCCGUAUAGGCCCAGAGGAUCGUGAACGAUUAGACAAACAGCUCGAGCGUGAUCAUGGAGGCAGAAUUGUGCCAGUCUGGCUCGUCGACGAGGUUGAUGAUGGGAAAGAUGAAUACAUCCUGAAAAACCAGAGUCAUUGGCGGACAUACGCGGAAAACGAGCUCUACACUCUGUUCCACUACAAGCAAAACGAGCCGGCUGAUGGGCGCGCUGCACGGAAGUCGUGGGCCGAUUACUACCGCAUGAACAAGCUUUUCGCAGACAGGAUUCUCGAGAUCUACAAGCCGGGCGACAUCGUCAUGGUGCAUGACUUUUACUUGAUGCUCUUGCCGAGCUUACUUCGACAACGCCUACCAAGUGUCUACAUUGGCUUCUAUUUGCACAUCCCCUUCCCUAGUAGCGAGUUCUACCGCUGCUUGAGCCGGCGGAAAGAGAUUCUGGAGGGCGUGUUAGGUGCCAACAUGAUCGGUUUCCAGUCAUACAGCUACUCGCGACACUUCUCGUCCUGUUGUACUAGGAUACUGGGUUUCGAUUCGUCGUCCACAGGAGUCGACGCCUAUGGUGCUCAUGUAGCGGUAGAUGUGUUCCCCAUUGGCAUCAACGCAGUCUCGACGCAACGACAGGCUUUCGGCGACCCAGAGAUCGAUGAGAAACUCAAAGACAUCCGUGAGAUGUAUGCUGGCAAGAAACUCAUUGUCGGUCGUGACAGGCUAGAUGCUGUCCGUGGAGUAGUUCAGAAGCUUCAGGCAUUCCAGCUAUUCCUCGAGAAAUACCCUGAGUGGGUAGGCAAAGUAGUACUCAUUCAGGUUACAAGUCCUAGCGGAGUGCAUACGGACAGAAGCGAUGGCGCACAGGAAAAGGUAGUCAACAAGAUCUCGGACCUUGCGGCCAAGAUUAACGGCACAUACGGUACACUUGACUUCACUCCAGUCCGUCACUUCCCACAAUAUCUUUCCCGAGAAGAGUACUUUGCUCUGCUCCGACUUGCAGACAUUGGCCUUAUCACCAGCGUGCGAGACGGCAUGAACACCACCAGCAUGGAAUACAUCAUUUGCCAAAAGGAUAACCACGGCCCGCUCAUUCUCUCGGAAUUCUCUGGUACAUCAAGUUCCCUCAGCGCCGCAAGUCACAUCAACCCCUGGGACAUGGGCGGAGUUGCCGAUGCGAUCAACGAUGCUCUGAAGCAGAGUGACGAACAUCGCGCCAAUGUUCAUGCUCAACUUUACAAGCACGUCGUACAGAACAAUGUUCAGGCUUGGUCGAACAACUACCUAAAGCGUUUGAUGACGAAUCUUUCAUCCUUUGAUCAAGCGUUCGCUACACCGGCAUUGGAUCGGGCAAAGCUACUCUUUCAAUACCGUGAAGCCAAGAAGCGGCUUUUCAUGUUCGACUAUGAUGGUACCCUGACGCCCAUUGUCAAGGACCCACAAGCAGCUAUCCCAUCUGACCGAGUCAUCCGUACUCUCAAGACUCUGGCAGCAGACCCUGCCAAUGCUGUUUGGAUUAUCAGCGGCAGAGAUCAGGCUUUCCUGGAUGAAUGGAUGGGUCACAUCCCCGAGCUCGGUCUGAGUGCCGAGCAUGGCAGCUUUAUGCGACAUCCACGCAGUCAGGAAUGGCACAAUCUGACCGAAACUACCGAUAUGAGCUGGCAACAGGAAGUCAUUGAUGUGUUCCAACACUAUACAGAGAGAACUCAAGGUUCCUUUAUCGAACGCAAGAAGAUUGCUCUAACGUGGCACUACCGGAGAGCCGACCCCGAAUACGGCGCAUUCCAGGCGCGUGAGUGCCAGAAACACCUCGAGAGGACCGUUGCAAAGAAGCACGACGUCGAGGUUAUGACAGGCAAAGCCAACCUUGAGGUUCGUCCGAAGUUUGUGAACAAGGGCGAGAUUGCAAAGACACUUGUGCAGAACUACGGCGAAGGUAGCGGUAAUGCGCCUGAGUUUGUUCUCUGCAUGGGUGAUGACUUUACAGACGAAGACAUGUUCCGAUCGCUGCGACAGUCCAAACUGCCAACGGAUCACGUAUUCUCGGUCACUGUUGGCGCCAGCUCGAAGCAAACGUUGGCAAGCUGGCAUCUAGUCGAGCCUUCGGAUGUCAUUUCUGUGAUCUCGUUGCUAAACGGAUCAGCCGACGCAGGCAAUGUUGGCGCGAUUGCUGUUGUCGACGGAACGGUUCCUGAGUCUCGGGUGGUUGCAUGAGGUCAUAGGGCGAGGAGGCACUGACAAGCAAUUUCAACUGUAAUGGAGCACGGAGCAUGGGGAGGCUAUAGAUCUACGAAAUGCGGCAUGGCGAUCCCGGGGGUUUUCUAGCACUGGGUC